AUGGCUGCCGACGGACCACGCCCAGGAUUCCUGGGCAAUUUGUCGCAGGACCAAGAAACAAAGCUGCAGCAGCUCUGGAGGGUUGUACUCACGGCCGCCGAGUCCACCACGGGCGACAAUGCCCCCGCCGCCGGCGCAGAGGGCACCGCCAGCCCGACUGAGCCUCCGCAGCGGCGGCUCUCGCUGCUCAGUCGCACCCAAAGCAACCUCUCGGAGAAGCAGAGCCCGGCUGCCCAGACCGCAUACCAGCAACGGGUCCUGGCGACUCUGAAGGAGUUUGGCAUCCAGAACUCUGAAUCCAAGGCCAUCCAAAAAGCCCUCUCAGCGAUCACGCCCGCAGAGCUGCGCCAGGGGGUGCUUGAUACACUCAAGCAUGACCAUCCAGAUUCGAUGCUCCUCCGAUUCCUUCGAGCUCGUAAAUGGGACAUUCCCAAGUCAUUUGCCAUGAUGAUGGAUGCAACUGUGUGGCGCGUCAAGGAGGCGCACGUCGACGAUGAUGUGAUGGCCAAGGGUGAACUGCACGCUCUCAAGCAGACGCAAAACACGUCCAAUCCCAGCGAGAAGAAGGCGGGUACCGACUUUCUUUCCCAGAUGCGUAUGGGCAAGGCCUAUGUGCAUGGUACCGAUAAACUCGGCCGACCAAUCGUUGUGAUCAGAGUUCGUCUGCACAAGCCCGGUGCGCAGUCCGAGGAAGCCCUUGAGCGUUAUAUUGUCCAUGUCAUCGAGUCCGUGCGACUGACACUAUCCCCUCCGGUCGAGACUGCGUGCGUUCUCUUCGACAUGACUGGAUUCGGCUUGGGGAACAUGGAAUACCCACCGGUGAAAUUCAUUCUGAAGUGCUUUGAGGCCAACUACCCUGAAUCUCUGGGAAUCAUGCUCAUCCACAACGCACCGUGGAUCUUCUCAGGUAUCUGGAAAAUUAUUCGAGGAUGGAUGGAUCCCGACAUCGCGGCUAAGGUCGAUUUCACGAACAAUGUGAACGAUUUGACCAAGCACAUUGAACGAGACCAGAUUGUCAAGGAAGUUGGUGGCGACGAAGAUUGGGAAUACAAAUACAUCGAGCCCAGUCCGGAGGAAAAUGACAAGAUGAAAGAUACUACCACUCGUGAUGCUCUGAAGUCCGAACGGCGACAAAUUGGAGAAGAGUUCCUUGCUGCAACUUCCGCAUGGGCGGAGGCCGCCAAAUCCAAGAAUGCGGACGAGGUUAAGAAGGCUGCGAGCCAGAGAGCUUUCCUAGCGGAGCGGCUACGCGUCAACCACUGGAAGUUGGAUCCCUACACUCGAGCUCGCUUCUGCUUGGACCGUGAGGGAGUCAUCCAAGAGGGUGGAAAGGUUGACUUCUACCCCAAUGGAGACGCCAAAGGGGUCAAUGGGGAGGCCAACGGAGAGGCUGGCGCAGAAAACACCACCGAAGGCGAGAGCAAAACCUUGAAGGUGGAACAUCUAGAAAGUGUCAACGGGAAUGCGACGGCGACCGCUGCUUCAUAG